CGCGGCUCGGGCCGGAAGUCGGCGGGUUCUCCGGUGUGUGUCUGAGUGUGUCUGUCUCGAAGCGGCGCGCGGCCCGGGGCAAGCGGGAUUCCCAGGUUCCCAUCUGAGGCGUCACCACUGUCACUACCAUCACCCACGGAGCCACUACUAGAGGGGAGUAGACCCGGCCCUUCGCCGGGCAGAGAAGAUGUUGCCCCUGUCCAUCAAGGACGAUGAAUACAAACCACCUAAGUUCAAUCUGUUCGGCAAGAUCUCAGGCUGGUUUAGGUCUAUCCUGUCGGACAAGACGUCUCGGAACCUGUUUUUCUUCCUGUGCCUGAACCUCUCUUUCGCUUUCGUUGAACUACUGUACGGCAUCUGGAGCAACUGCUUAGGUUUGAUUUCCGACUCUUUUCACAUGUUUUUCGAUAGCACUGCCAUUUUGGCUGGAUUGGCAGCAUCUGUUAUUUCAAAAUGGAGAGAUAAUGAUGCUUUCUCUUAUGGGUAUGUUAGAGCGGAAGUUCUGGCUGGUUUUGUCAACGGCCUCUUUUUGAUCUUCACUGCUUUUUUUAUUUUCUCAGAAGGAGUUGAGAGAGCAUUAGCCCCUCCAGAUGUACACCAUGAGAGACUGCUUCUUGUUUCAAUUCUUGGGUUUUUGGUAAACCUAGUAGGAAUAUUUGUUUUCAAGCAUGGAGGUCAUGGACAUUCUCAUGGCUCUGGCCAUGGACACAGUCAUUCCCUCUUUAACGGUGCUCUGGAUCAGGCACAUGGCCAUGGAGAUCAUUGCCAUAGUCAUGAAUUGAAACAUGGUGCUGCACAUAGCCAUGAUUAUGCUCAUGGACAUGAACACUUUCAUUCUCAUGAUGGCCCCUCCUUAAAAGAAACAACAGGACCCAGUAGACAGAUUUUACAAGGUGUAUUUUUACACAUUCUAGCAGAUACACUUGGGAGUAUCGGUGUAAUUGUCUCUGCCAUCAUGAUGCAGAAUUUUGGUCUAAUGAUAGCAGAUCCUAUUUGUUCAAUCCUGAUAGCCAUGCUCAUAGUUGUAAGUGUUAUUCCUCUUUUAAGAGAGUCUGUUGGAAUAUUAAUGCAGAGAACUCCUCCCCUUUUGGAAAAUACUCUCCCUCAGUGCUAUCAGAGGGUGCAGCAGUUGCAAGGAGUUUACAGUUUACAAGAACAGCAUUUCUGGACCUUAUGUUCUGAUGUUUAUGUUGGGACCUUGAAAUUAGUAGUAGCACCUGAUGCUGAUGCCAGGUGGAUUUUAAGCCAAACGCAUAAUAUUUUUACUCAGGCCGGAGUGAGACAGCUUUAUGUACAGAUUGACUUUGCGGCCAUGUAAAUGAAUGAAAGAAAUUAUGCCUUUUGGGGGACCUAGUUUUUUCUGGUACUGUACAAUCCUAAUUAUGGUACCUAACUUUUUAAAAGGAGGAAUCAUCACUACAACUCCCCAGCACCAAGUAGACCAGGCAGAGUCAGCCGAUUGUGCUCUGCCAGGAGUUUACAACUAAGGGAUCAGAAUUAAGAGGAUCUCUCCUGGACUUCUGGUCUUCUGUGCUUCUUCCCUCCAAACCAUUUUGAUUUCUGAGGUUUCUAGUUUUGUUCCAGGGUAUUGUUUUCUGUUUGUUUGUUUCCUUUUUUUUUCACUUCAAAUGCCCUCACUCCCACCCCUCAUCCUAGCCAGUAAGAAAUUCAGACAGUGGGCCUCUAAUCAUCUGGAAUGUCUUCACUGAAGCUGCUGGAAACCAAUGCUUUCAUUCCCAGAAAACCAGUGUUAUUUAAAAAAAAAAAAGAAAAAUGGAAAUCUGCUUUAUAUGUAAUGUCACAAUUGUUGACGUUCUUCAAUAUAAUCACGUUUGUAAAAUUGUUUGUACCUUGCAAACUUAUGAACCAAACCAUAUUGGGUUUUCAAAGUGCCUUUGUAUCAGAAAAUGUAUUUGCCAGCAUAGAAAUGUAACAUCAAAGGUCAUGUAUAUGUUUUUUUUUAAUGGGUAUUAUGUAUUCUGUACAAAAUAAGACUCUUGUUAGUAAUGUAUACAGAUGUCUUUUUGUGUACUUGCAGCAUAGCUUUAGAUAUAUAAAAAUCUGCCUUUUAUUACUUUAUCCCAUCAAAAAAUAAAAGGUGUUAUUUUGCUUUUUAAAUCAAAUUCAAUUAUUACAUUAAAUUAUUUUGUGUACUGUGUUUUCAAAACUUUGCAAAUGCUUCUGUUAUACAGACGGGUGUUUUGACUUACUUAAAACAUCUGCUAAAUUCCAAAUUUCUAUGAAAGCUACUGUGUCUGUGAUAAACUUUCAUAUAUCUCUCCUUGCUGUUUUUAUAGAUUCUAUUAAUGAAAAGGCAUGUAGAGUGAAGGCAGAAAUGGUUGUGACAAUGUUACUUUGCUUUUUCAUUCUUCAAAUGCCAAGUCAUACGUUUUCCUGUGCAAGUGUUACACAAAUACAGUUGCUUUCAGGAAUCCUAAAGCAGCAUUUUAUUGACUUUGAAGUAUUGAAGGUACUGAGUAAAUGUGGUAACAUAGAACUCUUCCUAACACAGGUAUCUUGGAAGUUAAUAAAUAAGUUGAUUUCUA